AACAGCGAUAAACAGAGUAGCUACAGUGUCAAAAUUUCACUAGCACUAACAGUGACAUAUCAGCAAGAAAAAUAAUUGUCUCGAUUUUGAUUUUAUGUGCAAAAUGACAUUUGAGGAACUAAGUGGGGAUUAUUCUGCAGAAAGGUAAACUAUAAUUUUAAGCGCUUUUUCCAAUGCCAGUGCAACUCUCCUGUGUCACUUUAACUUGGCAAGCAAUGCAUGCAUUAACAUUUGAAAAAGAAUGCGGAAAACUUCAAUGUAUUUUUAUUAAGAUAUUUAACUGCUGUAACGUUAUCUAAGUAAUUUGACAACUAUGCUAUGACUUGGUUAGUUACCUAGCUAGGUUGCUUGGCUUGGUUGACGUUUUUGCAGUAUUCGAAUAUGUAACGCCAGCUUUUCUGUUGAGCUCACGAGACGCGUUCCGGCCAGCAAAUCUGCAGUUAGCCUGACACUGUAACACCGGUGUCAGGUAAUUUUAGGGAAACACUUUUGACCUGAACUAAAAAAUUCAGUGUAAUUGACUAUCUUUGUACUCAUAAUACAAUAGGGGUUUUAUCAAUUAUGGAGUGACAUGCACCGAAAAUCAAACGCGAUUUCAGAGUUUGAACUUGCAAAUCAGUCAGUUGGACUCGCAGCUAGCUCAAGGUACAGUACCAAGCUAGCUAGCUAAUGCUAGUAGUACACGAUAGCCAGCUCCUGCGCUUGGCAGUAACGGCAGUCUGCCAGUUCAGAUAGACUUGCCCUGGCAUGCCCUCCUUUUCAAGAAGUUAAGCUUUGGCCAUGCAUAUGUGAAAGUUGAUGUGAGUUUGAUGUUAGUUUUAAUAAUUAAUAUUUUUUUCUGCUUUAGGAUGGAUACAGUGGCAAAAGCAUUGGAAGAGGUUCUCUCAUUGGCAUUACCCCAGGGAUGCAUAACAGUAGGGGUCUAUGAAGCAGCAAAAUCAUUGAAUGUGUAAGUAGGUUACGCAUCUUUAAAACCAAUGAAAGUUCAAAGUUCCAAUGAUGUAGUUUUUGUCUAUGCAUGCCUGUUUAGAAUGUCUGCAGUUCAUGUGCUGUUACUGUGUUACUAACCACAGAUCUGUUACUUUCAUCAUUAGAGAUCCAGAUAAUGUGGUUCUGUGCAUCCUGGCUACAGAUGACGAGGAUGUAAAGGACGUGGCCCUUCAGAUCCAUUUCACCCUGAUCCAGGCAUUCUGCUGUGAGAAUGACAUCAGCAUCCUGCGAGUGAACAACACAAGGCGUCUGGCAGAGAUCCUCGGCGGGGGAGGGAAACAGGGGGGAGAGCCCAUGGACCUGCACUGUGUCCUGGUCACUGUAAGUAUCUAUUCCCACUUUAUUCACCUCAUAUUCACUCAAAUAUGUUAACUUUCAAACGCAAACAGGUGCUAAAAAUGGCUCAAAAGUUAUUUUAUUUUACUGGCGCACCAGACACUCAUGCUCUGGACAUGCCAGUACAUGCCCACACCCACUAAAUACUCACUCCUCGUGUCCUGUACCGCACCACUCAGUCUUGCCACUAAUGACUUCUGUGGAAUUGCUCAUAGUCUUGAAACCCCCAGGUUUCUAUUUAUUUAUUGAAAGUUGACAUAAUAUGCCUACAGGCCAUAAAAUCAGGCAUUAGGAUACUUUUGCAACUAUUGACUCUUUCUCUCUUUUUCUCUUGUCUUUGCAGAGCCCACACUCCUCCUCCUGGAAAGACCCAGCCCUGAGCAAAGUGAACCGCUUCUGCAGGGAGAGCCGGUGCAUGGACCAGUGGGUACCCAUCAUCAACCUCCCUGAGCGAUGAAGGGUCCCCCCAACAGCAAGACCUGUGAAGGACUCUCUCUGUACGGGAGUAGAGUGAUCCCUGAUGGACACACUACC